AUGAAGAAAAUUAUGCAGUUAAUAUCACCACUUCCCAUAUCAGAAGAGAGUAAUCCUGGAACUGCUUUUCCCGAGAACAUACAGCAAGAUAAGGCCCCAGCUCUAGAUCAAUUCUUACUAACAGACAGCUACAACGAUAUUGACAUGGACCCAAUAUUAACUGAUACGACAUCACCUUCGUUGAUCGAUUAUAUUUGUGAUACAGAUUUAAAUUCUGAGCUCAAUACUAACGCAUUAUUAACACCAUUACCUCAAACUAAACUUGUCGAUUACAGUGAUUCAGAUACUGAGAAUACUUACACUUUAAUGAAUUUAGAUAACCAGAACAUAAAAGACUUAACAACUUAUGAUCCUACUAUGCCAGCUUUCAUUAAUCAAUUAAUACAGCCGAGCACCAGUUCACUGUUUGACCAACAAGAACUAAAUGUGUCCAAGAAUUUGGAGACUCACGACAGCAUUACCUCUAUUGAUAGUGAAGAUUCAAGGAAGCCUGCCUCAUUGUCCAGUGAUUCGGAUGAAGAUAAGUCAGUUCAAACAAUAGAAGAAGAAACAAGUGUUGGUAAAAGAGGAUAUAGGAAAAUAAAACCUUUACCAAAACGACUUUUAGCAAAAAAAAAUCGUAAGGCUGCUGUAGGGAAAUCUAUACAACCAAACCCUUGUAUGAAUAAAAAAUGUGGUAACUCAUGUGCAAAUAAAUUUGCGGAAGAUGAUCGCAAUAAUAUUUUUGAAAACUAUUGGGGAUUAGGUUGUGAUAAAAGACAAAAAGAUUUCCUGCUGUCCUGUGCUAAAGAAAAACCGAUUGGAAGAAAAAGAUCCAGUAGUAAUGUUCGCAAAAUAUCAUACGAUUAUUUUAUCAGCUACAAUGGACAGAAUAUUAAAGUAUGUCAACAAUUUUUCCUUAAGACCCUAAACAUAUCCCAAAUGUCAAUGAGAUACACCAUCGAAAAUGCUAAUAAAGCUCUGAAUACCACUCGAGAUGGCAGAAGAACCAGUCGUCCUCAUAAUAAAUCUGACGAGGUAGAAGUCGCUCAGUUAAAAUCAUUUAUUGAGAUGUUGCCCGCUGUUCCAUCACAUUAUUGUCGCAAUAAAAGCACUAAAGUAUAUUUACCUCAAUAA